AUGGACGCGGUCACCUGUCCCCCCACCAUGCAGUACGGGACCUGUGUGUCGUCCUGCCAGCGCCGCUGCUCCGCCCUCUCCAUCCCGCAGCACUGUGGGGAGGAGUGUGAGGAGGGCUGCGUCUGCCCCCAGGAAACCUUCCACAACCAUCGAACACACACCUGUGUGCACAGGAGCGAGUGUCCCUGCAGUUUCCUUGGAGCAGAUUACGAGCCGGGUGAUGUGAUCAUGACAUCAGCAGGUGUUCAACUCUGCCUGAAUGGCAAACUGGUGUCCCAAACAACAAACAGUGACAUGUUGUGUCCAGCUGGUCAGCUCUACCAGAACUGCUCGGAGGGGGGGGACGGCCUCCUGACGGGAAGGGGCGUGGCCUGCGAGCGCACCUGCGAAUCCUACCUGCUCAACCUAACCUGCUCCACACACGAGCCCUGUGUGGCCGGGUGUACCUGCCCCCAUGGCUUGCUGAAACUCGGAGAUGAGUGCUUUGAACCUGCAUCCUGCCCUUGCCUGUGGAAAGGAAAGGAGUAUUACCCCGGUGACAAAGUGUCCUCCCCUUGCCAUCAGUGUGUUUGCCAGCACGGGACGUUCCAGUGUGUGUUUCAUCCGUGUCCAUCCAUGUGCAUGGCCUACGGUGACCGCCACUACAGGACGUUUGACGGACUGCUGUUUGACUACGUUGGUGCAUGCAAGGUCUAUCUUGUAAAGAGCAGUGCUGAUGUGAUGCUCAGUGUGACAGCCGAGAACGUCGACUGCUUCGACAGCGGAGUCAUCUGCAGGAAGUCUCUGCUGAUCAACAUCGGCAGAUCUGUCGUAGUAUUCGAUGAUGACUCUGGAAAGCCAAAUCCAUCUAGUGUGAUUGACAGGAAGCAGAGGAUGUUCAUCUGGCCAGCCGGGUACUUCACUGUGGUUCAUUUCCCAGAGGAAGAAGUCACCGUCCUCUGGGACCGAAAGACCAGCAUCCACAUCCAAGUCGGACCUCGCUGGCAGGGAAAGCUGAGUGGGCUGUGUGGGAACUUUGACAUGAAGACAGCGAACGAAAUGCGGACACCCGACAACAUCGACUCCUCGACUUCACAGGAGUUUGGAAACAGCUGGACUGCAGCAGAGUGUGUAAACAGUCCAGAUAUCAGACACCCCUGCAGCCUCAGUCCGCUCAGAGAGCCCUUUGCAAAGCGGCAGUGUGGCGUCCUGCUCAGUGAGGUCUUCAUGGCCUGCCACCCGGUGGUGGAUGUAACCUGGUUCUACAUGAACUGCCUGGCUGACACGUGUGCCUGCAGUCGUGGAGGAGACUGCGAAUGUUUCUGCACCAGCGUGGCAGCGUACGCCCAGCGCUGCUGCCACCAGGGCGUCCCUGUCGACUGGCGCUCACCGUCUCUUUGCCCGUAUGAUUGUGAAUUCUACAACAAAGUUCUGGGUAAAGGGCCCUACAGGCUGAUCACCUUCAGGGACAGGACCACGCUGCUGGCAGCCAGCAGGACCAGCGGCUCUCUGUUCCUGCAGAAGGGCAGCCUCAGCACCUUCACCCCCACCCCUGGAGUCCUCUCACAGUUCAUGAUGACGCCGGGCCUCAGCAGAGCCCGACCACAUGACACAUCUCGGGUUUCCUUUGAGGCAUCAGACCGACCCAACUACUUCCUGUACGCGAGCCCUAGCGGCCAGGUGAAGCUGGCCAAGUGGGAGGACAGCGAAGCAUUCUGGGACGGAGCCACCUUCGUGCUCCACAGGAACACCUGGAUCCCCGGCUACGACUCGCUGGAGUCCCACGCUAAACCCGGCUUCUUCCUGCAUGCCACUCCUGCCCGCCUCCACCUGCUCAAGUACAGACACAUCGACAGCUUCCGCAAGGCCACGCUGUUCAGACUCACAGGCCCCAGCCCGGAUGCCCCCCCUGGUCCUCGGUGUCAGUGGAGGUAUGAUUCCUGCGUCAUCCCCUGCUUCAAGACCUGCAGUGACCCGUCAGCUGAAGCCUGCGCCAGCAUCCCACAAGUGGAAGGCUGCCUUCCUGUCUGCCCCCCACACAUGGUAUUGGAUGAGAUCACCCGUCGGUGUGUCUAUGUUGAAGACUGCAUUAAGGUUCCAGUUACUGUGCAGCCUGUAACGCCAUCCACUGCUCCACUGACCUCCGCAGCUGUUCCUUCUGAAACCACCAGAGGCAUUGCUCCCUCCACCACCCACCUCCAGACCACCACCAUCCACCUCCAGUCCACCACCAUCGCCACUACAUCCUCUACCCCUCAACACACUGGUCCUACCACUAAAAUGACCACAACUAGUCCUGUUGAUGGCACACAGACGAUCUUGUCACAGGCACCACCCGCCCCUGGCGAGCCCAUCCUUCCUGUAGCUGUCUCAACUUCGGCAGCUGCUGAACUUGCUAUAACAGCAGGACCUCCAACGCCCCCAACUGUCAGGCCAGAUGUGGAGGAGCCACUGUCUACUGUUAAAGUGACUGAAGCCUCGUCCACCACUGUAGCAGGUACAACAGCAUGGACAACUGGAGCUGUGAGGUCCACUACCAGCCCCUUCAGCCCCAGUACGUCCAAAACGAGCAGCGCUCCUUUUGCCAUCACGGCUCUCUUCUGGGUCACCUCCACUACCAAGCCCUCCGACCUCCCGAAGACACUCUUCACAACCACUGCCACAACCCUGCAACCACCUACCCCUGCAGCACAGAUCACAAGCUCCAUUGUACAGCCAACCACCAUAAGUAACCCUCCUCCCAUUGCCUUGCAACCAACCAAAGCAACCACGGAGGCUACAACACAUUCAGCAGCAGUUGCUCCGAUAUUAACCGCGUCUAGUCCAAGGCCCGCAGUAGUGUCAGAGAUGUCUACAGUAACAGACAGGACUACUGUACCCAGUACUACUACCACUGCAUACACAGAAACUAGCACAAAGACUGUAACAGUGGAACGACUACCCUCAACAACAACUAGACCCAUCGCUCCUGGUUUACCAAGCACAGCCUCCACAACCUACUCCCCUCUGCCAACCUGGCAUUCUGUCGAAACAGGAACUGUAUCGUUGCCAAAAGUCACUUCAACCAGAACCACAGAAUCAGUCACACCAGUUGCACCUUUCGCCACUAGUAAAACAACACUGUACGAAAGUCCAGAGACAACAUCAGCAACUUCUAUCACAGAGAAGAUUCCGUCCAGCACUCCUGCUGAACUCAAAACCUCUACAACAAUUGUUCCUGAGUUACCAAUGUCAACCCCUAUCCAGGUUGUUCAGACCACAUCUGCACCAUCUGCUCCUACCUCAAACUGGGGAACAUCGACAAAGCAAGUGUCCACACUUGAAUCUACUGUGAGUGAAAUACCUUUAGCUACGACAACAGUUUCUGCCCCUCCCCCUUUGAAGAUUACCACAACUUCUCCAGUGCCCACCACCAAAACCUAUGCUGAGAGAACCUCCUGGUCUACUGCUGUCCCAACAGAAGAAACAACUAAGACCACAACUUCAAGCCCCCCAGAUGUUCCAGAAGCAACCACAGUGUCCAGAGGUCCUACUGCCACAAUAAAAUCAACUAUACCGCCGGUGUCUCCUACACAAACCACUGCUGUACCACUUUUGCCAACCACUGAGAGCUCCUCCUCUCCUGCGUCUACCAUGCGGACCUCUGAGCCGUGGGUCCCACCCCAAUGGGAGACCUUCUCCACCCCAUUCUACAGCCCUACAGUGAAGUCAACGCCAGUGGUCACUACUUUCAUUCAUGAAGUUACUUCUACGAAAACUACUUCAGUGCCUCAGAUUCCUGUGACAUCAAAUCAGGUUGAAACCUCUGUAACAUCAGCUGCUGCCCUAGCCCCGACCACCAAAACUACAACGUCGCCUGAAAUCUCAACUUCAGAAAUUGCAGCCACUACAACGAGGAAACUGGCCACACCCUCACAUUCACCUGCACCUGGUAGUCCUGAGACACUUCUCACCACCAUCUCUACAAGAGCUCCACCAGGUAUUGUGACCACGACGCUCAGACCUGUAAUUGUGCAACCUAUUACAGAGACGACACUUACAGUGACUGGCAGGGUGGAAGUGUCAACAAGAUCUACAACGACACCACCUCCAUCUUGGUCUCCCCUGCACACAAGGACUACUUCUGCCGCAGUUCCAAGGCCAACCACUUUCCAGGAGAAAGUCACCACCCGAUUGGUGUCAACUGCUAAAGCUACACCAGCUACAACAACUACCACCAUUGCAAAGACGACCACUUUAAGAACAACACCUCGAGUUACACCCAGAAUCACGUCGAUUGAGAGGUCAACCACCAGGCCAGCCACAGCAAGGGUCACAAUAACAACAAGUGUACCAGAAGUACCUUCCAUAUGGACCACUCUUGGCCCAUCAACUGUCAAACCAAGCCCUGGCGCAAUGACCACGCCAAGAGAACCAUUUAUAACUGUUCCAACAACUGCAGAGUCCGUGGCCCCAACGAGCAAGACAGAACUUGCUGAAACAACCCCAGCAGUUCCCAUCUUGCCCACCUUACCCGUUCCAGCCCCUUCUCCUACUCUGACAGCGGUCACCUCUACAGCCGCUCCAACGACCACUAACCAAGAGACAACCAGCUCUGAGAAAACCAUGACAACCAAAGAGAAGGAAGUUUCAGCAUCCACAUCCAAAUCGGUGACGCCUCCACAUGAUACACACCUGAUCUUCACCCAGACACCCGGUAUUCACACACCAUCAACUUCUUCACAUCCAGAAGCAACCUCGGUCCAAGCUACUGAGCAGGACAAAGUCAAUCGUACAAGUCCAGGUGCAACCACGCCUUCUGCACUGACUUUACCUCACACGACGAUGGAAACAACCAGACACACAGUAGAGUCGACAACGUCUUUGGCUGUAUCACCAACAAGGAGUUGUAUUCCUCCGUAUGCAGAGAUAGUGGAUGAAUGCACAAAGUACAUCUGCGUUAACAACCAGCUUGUCCUGUUCAACAAAUCGCAAAGCUGCCCCUUCACCUCUGAACCUCCGAACUGUGGACUGCUUGGCUUUGCCAUACUGGUCAAUGGAGACAAAUGCUGCCCAAAGUGGGACUGUCCAUGUCGCUGCUCGAUGUUUCCAGAUCUGAAUGUUAUCACAUUUGAUGGGAACAGCGUUGCCAUCUACAAGGCUGCCUCAUACAUAGUGACCCAGUUGCCCAAUGAGACCGUCAGCAUACUGGUUCAGGAGUGCCCUGUUGAUUCAGAGUCAAACCUUCUUUGGAAUUUCACCAACCUCUGUUUGGUGGCACUCAACAUCACGCACAAAUCCAACCACAUCAUAAUCAACAGGUUGCAGAGGAGGCUCUACGUCAACUCUCGCUACGCCAAGCCUCGAUUCAAAAAGUUUGGCUUUGAGAUAUACGACACAGGGAACAUGUACCUGAUCCGCAGCCCAUCUGGUCUCAAGCUGCAGUGGUACCACAGCACGGGCAUGAUGGUGAUCGACACAGACAGCUCCAGCAACAAGCUUCAAACGAUGGGCCUCUGUGGUUUCUGUGAUGGAGACCCAACAAAUGACCUGAUGAUGGCCAACGGCACCACUGUGGGCGCAAGCGAGGAUCCGGCUAUUUUCAUCGAUAGUUGGCAGGUUCCCAACACCACCAGCUACAUCAGCCGCAGCCGCAGCCGCGAGCUCAACUGCUCCACCAGCAACUGCUCCGGCUGCAUGCACAUGCUGCAGAGCGACGCCUUCUCCCCAUGCCACGCCUUCGUCCCUCCAAGCACAUUUUGUGAGGUUUGGGUACGAGAUGCAGAGUACGUCAACAACCAGUGUGUUGCACUGGCUGCCUACGUGGCUUCUUGCCACAAAUUCAACAUCUGCAUUGAAUGGAGGACUCCAGAUUACUGCCCAUUUAUGUGUCCCGACAUUCUGCGGUAUCAGGCCUGUCUGCCGGCCUGCACCUCUCAGUCCUGCCCCAACCAUGACUUUGACGCGGACCCGGAUCAGUGUUCAGGCCUGACUGAAGGCUGCGUGUGCCCCGUGGGAACGCUCCUCCACCGGCCGUACUCUGCCAUCUGCAUCUCACAUGAGAAGUGUGCCUGCACUGACAGUUCUGGAUUUCCUCGUGCAAACGGUGAGGUGUGGAAAGCCUCCAAAGAUGCAUGCUGCAUGUAUCGCUGCGACAACGACACCAUCGUUCCCGUGGAGUACAACUGCUCCAACAUGCUGUCCCUGGUGUGCCGUCGGGCAGGGGAGGUGAUCAUCAGCCUGGCCGACGAAACCAGUUGCUGCCCGCAGAAAGUCUGUGUGUGUAACCAGAGCUUGUGUGACCUGCUCCCUCCUGAGUGUAAAUACGGAGAGAAGGUGGUGUCGUACUACAGACAGGACUCCUGCUGUCCGGACUUCAUCUGUGAGUGUGAUCCUGAACUCUGUGAGUCGGAGGUUCCCUCGUGCAGAGAGGACCAGACGCUGAUCGCCACCAGAGCCGACGGCAGCUGCUGCCUUGCUUACAUCUGCAUAUGUUCUUCCUGCUCGGAGAUGCCUCCUCUCUGCCAUGACGGCGAGGUGCUGACAGUGGACGCUAACGCCACGGACCGAUGCUGCCCCGCCUACCAAUGUGUGUGUGAGCCCCACAGGUGCCCUCAGCUCAGUUGUCCUGUUGGGAUGUCGGUGGUGUCUGUGUCCAGUCCGAGUCGCUGCUGUCCUAACCAAACAUGCGAGUGCUCCUGCGAUAAGAUGACCUCGCCAAAAUGUGGCCUGGGAGAGGCCGCCCAACUGGACCGGGCCUUCCUAUCUGACCCACAGAACCGGUGCGCCUGCAAAAGAUACAAGUGUGUGCGAGAGGCGGUGUGUGUGUUUGGGGAGCGUGGCGUCCUAAGACCGGGUCAGACUCUGGUGGAUCACCAGGACGACGGCCUGUGUCACAGCAGGACAUGCAGCCGGAGCCUGGACCCGGCGAGCGGCUUCCAUCUGCUGCGCUCCAGCAGCCUCAACUGCACUGCCCACUGCCAGCCAAAUCAGAUCUACGUUCCUCCAAAGGACCAGACGACGUGCUGCGGUGUUUGUAAGAAUAUUUCCUGCAUCUACGCACACGAGAACGGCACAACAGUUCUCUAUAAGCCAGGGAAGUCCUGGGUAUCAAACUGCAUGAAGUUCGACUGCACAGAUACUCUGUCUGGACCCACGCUGAUCUCCUAUUCCUUCAGCUGCCCACCUUUCAACGAAACAGAGUGUAUGAAGAUCGGUGGAACGGUCAUAAGUUACAUGGACGGAUGCUGCAAAACAUGUGAGUAUCUGAUCUGA